AUGGCGUGCGAUCUUCGACAUUUCCGCGAAACGCAAGAUCAAGUCGAUCUCGACGUUGAAUUCUUGCAAAGAGAGCACGAGAAAAAGGAGAACGCGACGAGGGAUUUCCGCGAAACUGACAGAAAGUCGUUACUUUCAACGCCCUUGGAAAUCGACACCACGUCACGACGGGAUCCAAUCGUUAGCAGAGCGUGCAGCGACUUAUGG